AUGCAGCAAUGUCCAUUCGCCAAACGUGCCUUCACCAUCGAAUAUCGUAUCAGCGACCCAGGGCCAGAUUCAAAUGCUAUCCCUAAUUCCUUUCCAGCUGGCCUUAUGGAUGUCGUCGCUGGAUAUGUCUACCUAGUGGAUGUUGUCGGGUUUGAACCCGAGAAUAUCAUCGUUGUCGGGGACUCAGCGGGGGGGAACCUCGCCCUUGCUUUCGCGCGAUAUCUCGUCGACCACAUCGCGGAGCUAUCCGCGACCGUGAAGACCCUGGGACCCUUACCGCCUUCCUAUCCACUAGUACUCUUGUCGCCAUGGUGCGACCUGGGCACCUCGCACGAGAGCCCAGCGUCCUCCUUGGUGACGAACACGUACGACUUCCUUCCCGAUGUGCGAAGAGGCCUCCUGUUUGAGGUUCGCAAGGUGUACGCAGGCCUGCUUGGGAUGGAGGGUGCGAGCGUGAACCCGUACCUCUCGCCGGCAUCCACUCAUUCGGCCAUGGACGGCCCGUCGUUCAAAGGGUUUCCCCCCACAUUCAUUUCGGCGGGUGGGAUGGAGCGGUUCGUGGACCAAUGUAGGACGCUGGCGAAGAAGAUGGCGGCGGAUUUGGGGGAAGAUCGGGUGGUGUACGUCGAGGAGCCCGAUGCCUGCCACGAUGUUCUUGUGUUACCCUUCGAGCAACGCAAUGAUACCAUGAAGGCUUUAGCGCUGUGGCUCGCCUGA